AGAAUAUUAUCUCCGUACGAUAUCAUUGGCGAGGGUUUUCAAUUGUGAGGCGGCAGCACGGCCUAUGGCGCGCUUGAUCGUGAAAUUCAAGGCGCUCAUCCUCCCCAAGCCUAGGCGCAGCUUGUAGACGCGAUCGUGGAAAGGGGGCAAUGGCUAUGGUUUUUCAUCCGAUUAUUAACGACACAGAAGUGUACAGACCAGUGAAGUACUUUGUAACAGCGAGACCUUGGCUGGAUCUUUACGGUACCAGAAUACGUCCGGUUGCUCAAAGCUACCAGAUCGAACUCGAUCCUUCUCUAUUGCAUCGGAAACUUUCCGAAGAUAUACUUCAUGAGAUUUUUAUGCGUCUGUCUCCCUACACGCUGGGAAAGGCGUCGUGUGUGUGUAGAAAGUGGCGAUAUGCUAUUCGCAAUCCCGUCUUUUGGCGCUUGGCAUGCUUAAAGACAUGGCAGCUUCAUGGUGUCGAAGGAAACAGAAAGAUAUUGACUCAGAACUACGGUGGCUCUUGGCGAAAAAUGUGGCAUCAUCGUCCCAGGCUUCGCUUUGAUGGUAUUUAUGUGAGCCGCAACACUUACAUUCGCGCCGGUGUUGCUGAAUGGAAGGUUACGAAUCCAGUUCAUCUGGUCUGCUACUACAGAUAUAUUCGUUUCUUUCCGAAUGGAAGGUUCCUCUACAAGAAUACUGCGCUGAGGCUUAAGGAAAUCGCAAAGACAAUGAAUCGGCGCGCUACCAAGGAGAACAUUUACGGGGGACGGUACACGCUCGCACAAUCCCAGGUGGAUGCGGCCGUGGUUUAUCCGGGGCUACGGCCUACAGUGCUGAGAAUUCGCCUCAAAAUUCGUAGUACUACUCCAGGUGCAAACAAUCGACUGGAUUUGCUGCUGCUCGUCACCAGUGGCCUGGACGACAUCGAAGUUAGCACCGACGAGGAAAUCCUGAGCUCCGUGGAGAACUGGGAGGAAGACGAGAGCCACAACCCGAAUGUGCCUGCCGUGACUCACAAAAAAGGAUUAGCGCCAUUCGUGUUUGUUCCAUUUGAAGAGGUUGAGACGUCAGUGCUAAAUUUACCAGUGGACACCAUGGAUUUUUAUCUUCCUGGGUAAAAAGCAGUCAUGUAAAAAUGCGCAUAAAAGGCUUAACAGAAUAUAUCGAUAAAAUAUCAAAAAUUGUACUGUCGCAUAACGCCUGUUAUGCCUAUAUAACGAUAUAAAGGGGAGGC